AUGGAAAUUACUUUCAACGAUACCAUCCGAGAGAACAUAAUUCUUCAGUACCGGGUGCUCAAAACCGUGGUUAAGACAAUUCCUGAAGAGGUACAUAUUUAUAACAUUUCAAUCACAUCCACCCCAGAUUCUGGUUUGUCCCCCAUGAUCAAUGCUUUUGAGAUCUAUAGGGUACUGCCCCAGCCGAAUUCACCAACUCGAGAAGGGGAUGUGGAUGUUAUGCAGAUUGUGAAACAUGCAUAUGACAUCACCAGAAAUUGGCAAGGAGAUCCAUGCAUGCCAACCAGUUAUAGUUGGGAAGGUCUGACUUGUAAUUACAUUGACAACAUCCCAUCGGUCACUUCAUUGAACUUGAGCUCAAGCAAAUUGAGUGGAGAGGUAAUUACUUCAUUUUCCGACCUCACAUCGUUGGAGUCCCUGGAUUUGUCCAACAAUCAAUUGAUGGGAGAAAUACCUGAAGUUUUAGCAAAACUACCCAAGUUAAAACUACUUAAUUUGUCAGGGAACAAUCUAAGUGGUUCAAUUCCAAAGGCUCUUAGGGAGAAGAACGGCACUUCGUUGAUAUUGAGUUUGGAUCGAAAUCCAAGUCCCUGUCAGAUCGGUGCUUGCAAAACCAAAACAAAGAAGCCCGUUAUACCACUUAUUGCAUCUGUAGUAGCUUCUGCAGCAGUCCUCGUAAUAGUAGUCUGCAUUUCUGUGAAGUUUUGCAAACAUAAAAGGGGAAAACAAAGUGAUAUGAAAGGCAUCCCGGUGAAGAUUUCUUCAUUUAGAAAAGACGGGAGUCUAAAAUCCAAAAAUCGUGCAUUUAGUCACUUGGAAGUUCUUAGCAUUACCAAUGACUUUGAAACCGUAAUUGGAGAAGGGGGAUUUGGAAAAGUGUACCUUGGAACACUACAAGAUGAUACACAAGUUGCAGUCAAGUUACUCUCAAAGUCAUCACAACAAGGGUUUAAGGAAUUUCAGUCAGAGGCAGAACUUUUGAUGGUUGUUCAUCAUAGGAACUUGAUUUCUCUUGUUGGCUAUUGUGACGAUGGUGACACGAAGGCAUUACUUUAUGAAUACAUGAUUGAAGGAAAUCUCCGACAGAAAUUAUCAGGAUUGGACUAUUUACAUAAUGGUUGUAAGCCAGCAAUAAUCCAUAGAGACUUAAAAACUUCCAACAUCUUACUAAGUAUACACAUGCAAGCCAAGAUUGCUGAUUUUGGAUUGUCCAGAGCUUUUGGCAAUGAUACUAACACUCAUAUAUCAACUCGCCCAGCUGGCACAUAUGGCUAUUUAGACCCUGGGUUCCAUAGAUCUGGAAAUUUGAACAAGAAAAGCGAUGUUUACAGUUUUGGGAUAAUUCUGCUUGAGCUAAUGACUGGACAGCGAGCAAUAACUGAAACGUCUGACGGGGCACGACACAUAUCUGAUUGGGUAAAUCCAAAGCUUGAGACUGGGGAUAUCCAAGCCAUUGUGGGUCCAAGAGUAGAAGGAAAAUUCAGUCGUGCUUCAGCAUGGAAGUUUCUAGAGAUAGCCAUGUCUUGCAUUACACCAGCACCAAUCCAAAGACCUGAUAUAAAUUCUGUUGUAUUUGAUCUCAAGCAAUGUGUGGCUAUGGAAGCAUCACUGGAAACAAGUAUUCUCUGUCUGGAUCAUACUCUCCUCCAUCUGCUAGGUAGGGUUGUUUGUAGCUGCAUGCAUGGUCUUUCUCUGAAUUGA